AUGGAUGAAAAGUACGACCGGUCUACUGUUGGACCACAAGACGUUGACACAGACGACAAUGCCAGCUCAUCACCUAAACAAAAACUUGAAGAAGAUGACAAGGAUUUCGACAGCUGGAAAGGCUGGGUGGUAGUGAUGGCUUCUUCAUGCAUUUUGUUCAUUUACUUAGGAAUUGUCUACUCAUGGGGCGUGUUGGAAACGGAACUUGUGAAUACGACGUCCUUCUCAUUGACGACGAUGACUUUUGUCGGGUCCUUGGCUACCUCAUUUAUGGUUUCAAUUGGCUUUUUAGUGGGUGCCUUUUUUAUGGGACUUGGAGAGUUCCUCGCUAGCUGGGUGACGGACAACCUAGUGGGGUUGUUUAUCUGUCACAGCGUGGUAUUUGGCGUUGGAGGAGGCUUGACUAUUUUGCCUUGUUCGACUGUGCCUCUUCGGUGGUUCCGCAAACAUCGCGGUCUUGCAACUGGAGUGGUAUUUGGAGGAGGAAGUCUCGGGGCUGCGAUUAUGAGUGUUGCUACCAAUUUACUUGUUGCUGAAGUCGGUGCUGCAUGGACCUUUCGUAUCUUCGGGAUACUUCUGUGGGCUAUUUGUUUGCCAGCAGGGUUUGUCAUUCGACAACCAAAUCAUGCCAAGGCGACCGUUCCAGAACUCCAGUGGUUCCGGUUCAAAGAACGCAAGUUCCUUGUUUUGUUCAUCGGCAGUGGAAUUGGCUGUUUCCCCUUGUUUGUUCCAUCAUAUUUCAUCCCGAUCUUUGCUCGCGUGGUGGCUUCGCAGCGAGUGGCUAUCAUCAUCCUGGCAUUUUGGAACAUAGCCUCAACAGUUGGGCGUGUGGGAGGCGGCUUUUUAGCCGACACGGCCUUGGGGCCACUAAACAGUCUCGUUCUUUCUCUAUUUCUGGCUGGCGUCAGCUCCUUGGUGAUCUGGCCGUUUUCCAGCUCCAUCGCAGUGUUGUCGGUAUUCAUUGUGAUAAAUGGUAUUGGAUGCGGUGCAUUCUUCAGCCUUAUUCCUACAACAGUUGGGUCGAUGUUCGGUGCUCAAAAUGCCUUGGGUAUUCUACCUCUUCUGUGGCUCGGAUGGUUCUUUGGUUACUUCUUUGGUUCUCCCAUUGCAGCCGGUCUCUAUUCGCUGGCUGACAAAAAUUCUGGAAUUUCUGCUUAUCGACCAGCGGCUUAUUAUACGGGCGCAAUGUCAAUCGUGGGCAUGCUAAUCAUUAUAGCUGUCCGGUGCAUGUACUCCCGGAAGUUCAUGGCCCGCGUUUGA